UUAUACAUCUUGUAUAUAUGCUUUUAAAUUGGUUUUCAAGUCUUUAUCGUGUCUUUCUAGUCCUUUUCGAGUCAUUACAGGUCUGGAGUUGCAUUGGAUGGGAGAUGGACCAGCUGGAACAAAAGAGGCAGCAAAUAGAUGUUUCAAAACUAUUUUCAAUUAAAAAGAUAUAUAAUAUAUUCAAAAAACCCACCAAACUGAACCACAUAUAGGUAAAAAUAAAUUCCAUGGUAAAACUAAAAUCCAAAAAGCUUAUUGAUUUUCUUGGUCAAAUAAGAAUCUUUAAAUCUUUAUAAAGGUUCUCCGAAAAUUACAUUUUUUCAAAAUUACUUUUAUUUCCCACUUUACAAGCUAAAAACAAAAGAGAAGAACAUUAUGUUUGCUUUAAGUGUACGAAUGGUUGUGAAGAAAGGUUGACUGCCUCAUAGUGGCUUCAUGUUUUCCAAUGAGUCCAUGGCCAAUUCAUCCGUGUAUGCAUGUAUCUCUUUCUAUUUAGAUUUCAGUGAAGUUAAAGAACAAGGAGAAAUACAUUAUACCUCGAUAUAUAGAGGAAAAUAUACAAUCUUUAAAACUAGCUAGACGUAGUUAACUCAAUGGGCCGACUAUAAUGAUGUUAUUUUAGUUAUGUCGAAUUUGAAUUAUAUUCUAAAAUAUAACGUUUAGGGAUAUAUAUUUUAGAUAUAACAUAAGGUUAAUCAUCUACCUACAAAAAUUACCGAUCAAAAUUCAGCUUUCUUUAAUUAUUUAUGAAAUAUCUGUGACCCCAAAAUUCAUGGUUAAUUAACUAACGGUAAUAUACUACAAACAUAUAUUUGGGCUUGAUUAGAAUACGAUGUAGCUUUAUAUAUUUUUCUGUAGAAUUAAUGUUUAUACUUUUUUGCUGUGACUGUAUAAUUUUUUUUUUGUUGAAUUUUGGUUAUAGAUUUGAGGAGAUUUAGUUAUUUACUUGUAAAUUUUCUAAAACAAAGACAUAAGUGUUCUAGGUAUUUUGCUUUCUAAAGCUAAAAAACACUGAUGUUCAAAAAAAAAAAGCUAGAAAACACAAUAGUUUUGAAUUUUUUUUUCUAAAGCACCAUUGAAAGAGAUUUGUGAUUUAGAAAAAAAAUUGUUGUAAAAAAAUAUAUAUAUAUUUUAUCACUUUCCAAUCAUCGCCUUUGUUUCUUACAUUAGUUCUAACUUUUAUUAUUGAUGGCAUUAGGUCAUUCAUACUCCGGAUAUUAUACGAAUCAGCCCGUUGCAAUAUAACUAUAGCCUCAGUCAAAAAGAACUAUAACUAUAUAGUGUUUGCAAAUAAAUAUAACGCUUAUAACAAUUUCAGAGGAAGUAAAAAAAUUAAAAUGUUUAUGACAUGAGGUUUUAUGUAAGGAAAUCUGAUCAAAAGUGUAUAUUUCUAGAAAGAGCUAAAUAUUUUGUGGGUUGUUUUUUUAUAGUUUUAUAUGUAGUUUGAUUUUGUUAGUCUAAAUUAAUAUAUAUAUGAAUAGAUGUAGUCAUGAAACAUGACAACAGAGCAUCUGAAUAUGGAGAAUAUGCUAACUUUGUCAACCUAGUAAAUACAUGUGCAAGAACCAGCCAUGCCCUGCCGCCUCUAAAUACAAACUUAAAUAUAUGUGGAAAAAGAAUUUCAUGAACAAAAUAUGUGUAUACAAAUGCGGAAAAUGUAUACUUCAAAAAAGUAGAUUGUGCUAUUAAUUGAUGAAAAUCUUAAUGAAUGUGAAUAAGUCUAUGAUGAAUUCAAGUAUAAAGGCGCAUAGUUCUGGCAUUUUCUUUAGAAUUUGUUUCAUUUCAGUUUUCACAUGUUUGGUUUUUAAGAUUCUCGUAUAUCUUAUAUAAAACAGAAGAUCAUUAUUCUUUGGAACAUAUUUUCUUCGGACCAAUAUUUGAUUUAAUUACAUGCCGGCUAGUUGAUAAAAAGUAAACAAUGUAUUAUGGAUGAAACGUAUUGAGGAAAUAUUUUUAACCAAAAAACAUUCUUACUUUGAUUUUUGAGGCAAAAAAAUGCUAGAUAGGUGUAUAUACACUGUCUGAUACCAAAGGACCAUUAGCUUUUUCUGUUCUUUAACACUAUUUUGCUCAUGAAUAAUACUUUUUAUAAGAAAUCGGAAUCUUUUUGGAUCAAACACUAUAAAUUAGAAUCUUAGACUUGGCCCAUUGAUCGGUCAAAAAGAUGGUCUUCUAAGUGUAUGUUCCAAAAACUUCAAAUCUCUAGAAUGUCACCCUCUUGAGAAAUAACUGAAGUAGAAAAAAUCAGAGUUUAAAACGCAUGUUAUCAUAGUCUUAUUUUAAUCAUCCAUUAACAAUUGUUAACAAUUUGUAACUCAAUGUUCGAGAGACAUUAUUUUAAUAACAUAAAUAAAUUACUUGAUGUUUGUAUUUGUGAGACUUAAUUUAUAUAUUUUUUCCAUGCAAUCACUUGGUAUUCCCUUAGGUACCGGUUCUUGUUUAUAAAAAAAACUCGAUGGAAUUCAAGAAUUCACACGCAACGUGCACACAUAUGCUAGUAGCAUCUUACUAGUACUCGGUGGGGUCGCUUCUUUUUUUUUUUUUUUUCAGUUCAAAAAAAAAAAAGCGACCCCACCGCAUUAAGGCAUCUACUUCAAUUUGUGUUUGUUUGUUUUUGUAAUAAUCUUAUCAAAACUCUAAAAGGUCAUAUCAGAGAAUGGUCAGCUUUGCUUUUCUUCUCAUUCUUCUAUAUAUUCAUCUAUAAAUACCUUCUCACACCUUCUCCAUUCUUCACACACAUCUAUAAUACAAAAAAAAUCAUCAAAACAGUUGCUUAAACUCUCUCAUAUCUUAAGUUGCUACGUUUUUGUUUGUAUUUUCCGAUACGUACCAUGGAUUGCAGAUCUAUGGAGUCAUCGGAAACCCUAAGGAACAAAUGCGCAGCUUGUUAUAAGCAAUUCAACAAAAUGGAACAUUUAGUGGAGCACAUGAAGAUCUCGUAUCACUCCGGUCAUGAGCCUACCUGCGGCGUUUGCAAGAAACAUUGCCGAUCUUUUGAGUCCCUCCGAGAACACCUCAUAGGGCCAUUGCCAAAACAAGAAUGCAAGAACAUUUUCAGCAUUCUCGGAUGCAGAUUCUGCUUGAUGAUCCUCGAAACCCCGAACGCUCGUAGGAUCCAUCAAGAGAGAUGCCAAUUUUCGAGCGUCAAUGCGGGAUUGACGACUCGUAUGGCGGCCUUAGGCAUAAGAGAUAAGGACAUGAUCGACUACACGUCGUCUAGGUCCCCAAAAGUGGUUGCACUUUCUUGCAAGAUGGUAGGAGGGGGAAGCGACGGGUCGCUGGAUCUAUGUGCAAGGGUUUGCAUAACGGAUGAGGGCGACAAUGUUGUGUUCCAUACGUACGUGAAACCGUCAAUGGCCGUGACGAACUAUAGGUAUGAAAAGACCGGCAUACGUCCGGAGAAUCUAAGGGACGCAAUGCCCUUGAAACAUGCACAAAGAAAGAUUCAAGAGUUUCUUUGUAAUGGAGAACCCAUGUGGAAGAUUCGUCCAAGAGGUGGGAAAGGGAGGAUUCUCGUGGGACAUGGCCUCGAUCACGAUCUUGACCGCCUUCAACUUGAAUAUCCUUCUUCCAUGAUAAGGGAUACUGCGAAAUACCCUCCCUUGAUGAAAACAAGCAAGCUGAGCAAUUCCCUCAAGUACUUGACCCAAGCCUAUCUCGGGUAUGAUGUUCAUGUUGGGAUACAAGACCCAUACGAAGAUUGUGUAGCGACGAUGAGGCUUUACACGAGAAUGAGAUAUCAGAAACACAAGAUUGAAGCUUAUCCUUUAGCUGCCGACGCGCACAACCGUAGCAAUCAAGUGGUUUGGAGGCAGAACGAGUUCGAGAGGAUGUCUCCUGAUGAAAUGCUUUCCAUCUCUCGCUCCGACUACUAUUGCUGGUGCUUGGACUCCCUCGCUUGAUUUCUGAAACUCUGGGGUUAAGUUGAGGAAUUUCACAUAAUAACUUCGUAAACUUUUUGAAGAUAAUAAAUUUAGUAGCGUAAUGUCGAAUAAGAAUCAGUUGUUAUUUUUAAUAUGUACUAGUAUAUAAAUUUUAUAGUAUGUGUCGUGUGAGACGCAUAUAAAUUGUUACUGUACUUGUAAUAAUGCAUUGCUUUUCAAUGAUUAAUUACUUUUAGUUAAAAA